AAAAUGUCUGUAAAUUUAACGGUAAAAUACCGUAGAAAUGCUACAGAAAAAGGCCGUAUUUCAUAUAACACGUGAAAACCGUAUAAUGUACAGGUGAAACCCUGUAAUUAGCUAUACGGAGAAAGACCGUAAAUAUAACAGAUAAAAACAUAUGGAAAUACGGUUUACUGUAGUAAAAUUAACAGUAAACUGUAUUAUUUGCCAAAAAAAGAAAGGGAAAAUACCUUUUUGUCUUAAAAUUAUUCUUAUUAAAAUACAUAAACAUAUUUGAUCCCCCCACGCAGGGUGCACUUAAACACCAACAUGCAGGACACACCAUAACCAGUUUUAAAAUAUGUUGGAUAAAAUCAUCUUUUCUAUGUAAAGUUGUAAUAUAAUGACUUCUUUCAACUUUUAAAGUUAAAUUGUCUGCCUAAAACCCUAAAAAGAUUCACCUUGAUAUUUGUCACUUUUGAGAAUUUAAAUAUAAUUUUUAGGUAAUAAACUGUGAUUUUACAUCUUUUAAGCAUUUCAAAAAAUAACCUUUAAGUAUCAUCCAAUCAAGAUAUAUUUUGCAUCUUGGCUCCGUAUACAGUGGAUGUGAUUGGCUGAAUACUCUUUGGCGCGGAGCGCAGCGUAACGUGACGUUUACGUUCACUCAUUUCAUCAGUGACGGUUAUGGCGAAGCACUAUAGGAGCUGAACUUCAAUUCAGUGGACAUUUUGUUCUAUGGGCACAUUGGUAAGUUGGAUUAAACAGCUUUAGCAGUAUGCGAUUUUAAACACGAGUCGAAUGUACAUUCUUUUCACGGCGCAUAAAACGAAUCUUACUCGCCAUCGCAUGUUGGCAGACUUGCAAACACUAAAACACCAGAGCUCCCGAUCUCUAGAAAUCCUCUGUAAAAUAUAUGUUUGUUAAGUACUUCGCACAUUGCUCAGUAUAUUUAGCAGUGCGUCGAUUUAAAUACGAGUAAGUGAGCAGCAUCCACCCUGAUCUCGCGAUGUCCAGCCCAUUAUGUAGAACAUAAUGUAUGUGUUUAAAACAGUAGAAGGGUGUGUUUUUGUUCACUGAGUUGAAAUGUUUAGCUGUAAGUUCUGUGGGAUAUCAGCGCAAACCCUUAGGGAGCAUGUUUUACAUAUCAAACUUCACCCUAAUGAGCCACGGUGCGUGUUCAAGUGUGCCGCUACAGAUUGCCACGAAUCGUAUCGUUCACACUGAGCAUUUAAGGCAAUUUUACCGUAAACAUAAUAAAGAUUUGUGAAGUUCAUCUUGCAGAGAAUUUCAGUGAUCUUUUUCUGAGAAAUAUUAGUACUUUCUUCUUGAAAUCACAUGGGCAGUAUGGCUGUGUUAAUUGGGAAGUUAAAUUUAUGCCCCUCAGUGAAACUGCCGAAAGUCUGCAAUUGAAAAAAGGAAGACGAAGAGUCUGUCGCGAACAACUGACUGGAAUGAAAAUGAAGUCAAUGUUCUCAUGAGGUCUACAUACUACUGUCAACGAAAAGAUAUCAACAAAGGAAAAGACAUGAAAACCCUCAAUGAUGAGACCCUCCUGCAAGCUGCCGUCCAUUUCAUGCUUGCUGUGGACUGCAAUGAAGACAUCACUUCUUUUAUCUCUGCUAUUUGCCUAAUGUCUGGCAGUUAUUACAACUUGAACAUUCACUACCCUACUGAACUGGCAUCGGUUCUCGAAUUCCUGCAAAGGUGUUUUUUCCUCAUCAAUCCGGAGAAGGGAACAAAGGUGGUGGAAAAGAAAAACAAAAAGCGACUCCCAGUCUACCCAAGAGUCUUCAACCUAAUCUCUGACCUUUCUGACCAUGAAUGGCGAGAGACUUCGUAAAGGUGGUCUUCAGACUGUUUCCAUGUUGAUACUCUCUUAAGGGAUCGUUCAUCCCAAAAUUUAAAUUCUUCCAUCAUUUACUCAUCCGCAGGUUGUCCCAAACCUGUAUACAUUUCUUUGUUCGGUUGAACAAAAGGAAUCUUUAUUUGUAAGAAUUUCAGUAACCAAACAGAUUUUAUCCCUCAUUUAUUGCCAUAUCAGGGAAAAUAAAUACUAUGGUAGUCAAUGUUGGAGCAGAUCUGUUUGGUUACGGAUAUUCUUACAAAUAUAUUCCUUUGUGUUUAGCAGAACAAAGAAAUAUAUACAGGUUUGACAUGGCAAGAAGGGUGAGUAAAUGACAGAAUUUUUAUUUUUGGGUGAACUGUCACUUUAACAUUGGAAUGUUCAUUGUUAAUGCAAGUUUAGUGGUAUAAUCUUCUCUGUAAGAACUUGUGUAGUGCUGCAUUCUACUUUUUAGCACUGUAAAUGUUCAUGUUAACUUUGCUAAAACAUGCAUAUCUUAAACUGAGCUUAGGUAAAUGAUUUUAAUUAAUUGGACUGACAUUAAAACCACUAAUUGCUAAUUAAACCACACAAGAACAGAAAAGGCCAUCAUUUGUUGUCUUCGAUGCCUGCCAGUCUUUAUUAAAAAUAUAUGGGACCACA